UGGCAUCUUUCACACAGCAGAGAGAGAGAGAGAGAGAUGGAUCAAAUUGAGCACCAAAAGCUUCAAGCUUUAAGUGAAUUCACAAAGUCUCAGUUUCUAAAGAAAGUUGCUCAAUUACUACUCUCAGUUUCUGUGUUUUCCUUCUUCUUUUCCUACUCAACUUGGCUCUCUUUUCUCUCCCAUAGCUUCAACUUAUCUUCCUUCCCUUUUCAACUCCUUACUCACACCAUUAAUAGGAACUGCAUAUUCCUCCUUUGCAAUGGAAUCCUAGUUUUCCUAGCAAGAAACUCGGGUUUAAUCAGAUCUUCUUCAUCUGGGUUCGAUCACGCUGAUGAGUACCUCAUCAAGAAGACUGGAGAUAGGUUGCCACUGUUAUUGGACAAGGAAGCUACCACGGAAACCACUGAACCUCCGGAGAGUGCUGCUGAUGAUCAAGAAGAAAGAGACAAGAAGUACUUCUUCAAGGAAGAAGAAACUGAAAAUUUGAUUGAAGAAGAUGAAGAACAGGAAGUAGAUCAUGGAACUUCCCUUUUAGAAGACGAAAACCCGAAAAAGUCAAGCCUAGAAAGUAGCUUAUUCAUUGCAGAGGAGGAAGAAGAGGAGGAGCAUUCGUCGUUGAGCACCGAGGAAUUGAACAAGAAAUUUGAUGAUUUUAUAAGAAGGAUGAAGGAAGAAAUCAGAAUAGGCUCAAUGACAACCAGCCAUAGUUUAGUGAUUAAAGAAAGUUCUUCAUUUGAUCAGUCUGUUUAAUGAUUUUCCUUGUUCUUCACCCUUCCGCUAGCUCUUAUGCUUCUGUUUGCUGUUUAUGGAAAUUCUCCACUUUGUCUAGCUCUGUUAUGUAUAAACGCGCUCUACUUGGUCUUUUUCCUUCUUGUUUUCUCUUCAAUGAUCAAUCAGUCAUAUGUAAAUGAAUGUGGAAUUUAUGGCCUUAAGGGAACCGUUUUUGGCCUUUUA